CUCACCAAAUAUUUUCCAAGAGAAAGAGAGAGAAUGGCUGGAGAAGAAACCGAGAGGGAGAAGAAAUCUGCAGCUUCUGGAAGAACUCACACCAGAAACAACACUCAACAAAGUUCUUCUUCUGGUUAUUUGAAAACGAUUCUCCUGGUAACGUUCGUCGGAGCUUUAGCAUGGAUUUAUCAAACUAUCCAACCACCACCCGCCAAACUCGUCGGCUCUCCCGGUGGAGCCACUGUGACGUCACCAAGGAUCAAACUGAGAGACGGAAGACAUCUGGCUUACACAGAAUUCGGAAUCCCUAGAGAUGAAGCCAAGUUCAAGAUCAUAUACAUCCACGGCUUCGAUUCUUGUAUGCGAGACUCGCAUUUCGCCAGUUUCUUAUCGCCGGCUCUUGUGGAGGAAUUGAGGAUACACAUUGUGUCUUUUGAUCGUCCUGGUUAUGGAGAGAGUGAUCCUAACCUGAAUGGGUCACCAAGAAGCAUAGCAUUGGAUAUUGAAGAGCUUGCUGAUGGGUUAGGACUAGGACCUAAGUUCUAUCUCUUUGGUCUUUCCAUGGGUGGUGAAAUUACAUGGGCAUGCCUUAACUACAUUCCUCACAGGUUAGCAGGAGCUGCGCUUGUUGCUCCGGCGAUUAACUACUGGUGGAGAAACUUACCGGGAGAUGUAACGAGAGAAGCUUUCUCUCUUAUGCAUCCUGCAGAUCAAUGGUCACUUCGAGUAGCUCAUUAUGCUCCUUGGCUUACAUAUUGGUGGAACACUCAGAAAUGGUUCCCGGUCUCCAAUGUGAUUGCGGGUAAUCCCAUUAUUUUCUCCCGGCAGGACAUGGAGAUUUUGUCUAAGCUCGGAUUCGUCAAUCCAAAUCAGGCAUACAUAAGACAACAAGGUGAAUACGUAAGCCUACACCGAGAUUUAAAUGUCGGAUUUUCAAGCUGGGAAUUCGAUCCGUUAGACCUUCAAAAUCCAUUCCCAAACAACAAUGGCUCGGUUCACGUAUGGAAUGGCGAUGAGGAUAAGUUUGUGCCAGUAAAGCUUCAACGUUAUAUUGUGUCAAAGCUGCCAUGGAUUCGUUACCAUGAAAUAUCUGGAUCAGGACAUUUGUUACCAUUUGUGGAAGGUAUGACUGAUAAGAUCAUCAAGUCACUUUUGGUUGGGAAAGAAAAGGUAAGUGAGAGUAGAGAAGCCUCUGUUUAAGUCAAUGUGUUUUUUAAGGAUAAUUAGUUGCUUGGACUAUUUUCGCUAAAUUUCAGACAUUAUAUGCGUGCAAUGCCUAGAAAAAUAAUUAUGAUCAACGAUCAAAUCCUCGAGCUAAAACCAAAUCGAAACCCAUAUUGAAUUAUGUAUGAGAGCAAGAUGUUAAUAUAAGUGUACUAAUGUC